UAACGAAUCGUGAAUUUUUCUGAAAACUCUUUCGAAACCGGUCAUAAAAAUAUUUGAAAAAUUCAUUAUUCGUUCUGUUAGUAAUUCGUAUUACGUGGAUGUGAGAUCUUUUCACGUUUAAAAGUGUUCAUUUUCUUAUUUUUAUAUUGUUUUAGUGUAUAGUGUAUUAAUUCGAUCGCGUUCAUUAUGGGUAACAUUUAUACCACCGGCCCGAACCAAGCUCUUGUUGUAUCAGGUGGAUGCGGGCGAUCUACCACGAAAAAGACCAUUGUUGGAGGAUGGGCUUGGGCCUGGUGGCUGGUAACCGAUGUGCAAUAUAUAUCUUUGGAAGUGAUGACCCUUUAUCCAGUUUGCGAGAGUGUAGAAACUUCGCAAGGUGUACCACUUACAGUAACCGGCGUCGCACAAUGUAAGAUCAUGAAAGCCGAAGAAUUAUUACAAACCGCCUGCGAACAAUUUUUAGGAAAAAGUACCGAAGAAAUUAAAGCGACUAUUUUACAGACUUUGGAAGGACAUUUACGAGCUAUUCUCGGUACACUUACUGUCGAAGAAGUUUACAAAGAUCGUGAUCAGUUCGCUACUCUAGUCAGGGAAGUUGCUGCUCCAGAUGUUGGCCGAAUGGGUAUUGAAAUUCUGUCGUUCACUAUCAAAGAUAUAUUUGACAAAGUUCAGUACUUGUCGUCCUUGGGUAAAGCUCAAACUGCCAUCGUUAAACGAGAUGCUCAUGUUGGUGUAGCUCAAGCAAUUCGUGACGCUGGAAUCAGAGAAGCGGAAUGUGAAAAGUCAGCUAUGGACAUAAAAUACAACACCGAUACGAAAAUUGAAGAUAAUUCUCGAAUGUUCAAAUUACAAAAGGCCAAUUUCGAUCGGGAAAUCAAUACCGCGAAAGCGGAAGCUCAACUUGCUUACGAGCUUGAAGCGGCUAAAAUCCGCCAAAAAAUCCGUAACGAAGAAAUUCAAAUCGAUAUCGUCGAACGUAAAAAGCAAAUCGAAAUCGAAGACCAAGAAAUCCAACGUAAAGAGAAGGAUUUAAAUGCGACAGUUCGACUUCCAGCUGAAGCGGAAAGUUACAGGGUACAAACAAUCGCCGAAGGAAAAAAAACUCAAAACGUGGAAAUAGCGAAAGCCGAAGGUGAGAAAAUCAAGAAAGUCGGCGCUGCCGAAGCCUUCACCAUUGAGGCAAUUGGUAAAGCUGAAGCCGAACGUAUGCGAAUGAAAGCAGGCGUGUAUAAGAAUUAUGGAGAAGCAGCCAUUAUGGCGUUGGUGUUGGAGGCUUUGCCAAAGAUCGCUGCCGAAGUAUCUGCGCCGUUAUCUAAAACGGAAGAAAUUGUUUUACUUGGAGGAGGUGAUGGAUUAACCAGCGAAGUUAAUAGACUAGUCAGUCAGUUACCGCCGGCCAUUCAAGCGCUUACUGGUGUUGAUGUGUCGAAAGUUUUAGCAAAAAUUCCCGGCGCUGUUAAGGAAUAAACAGUGUUAUAUUCUCGUUCAAAAUAAUCAAACAUGUACUAUCGUUUUUUCUUAUUAAUUCUUAUAUUGAAAUUACUUUAAUCGUAAGUUUUACAGUGAAUAUAAUCGUGUAUUUUGUAUUUUUUUUUUUCAUUGAAUAUAUGAAUUUCAUAGCAUU